AUGAUGCUACCGUAUCCUAGCGGACAAGGUCCGAAAAGUCGUUUGACACUAGAAGAAUACGAGGUCGUGAAGUUACUUAGAAGGAGCCACGUGAAGCCGGUAUUAAUUAUGGAUCGAUUGAGGAAGGAUAAUCCACAGACAUCGAUGAGUGUGAAAUAUGUCUACAACCAACUUGAGAAGAUGACAAAAGAGAAUAUGGCGGGGAGAACUGUGAUACAACACGUGAUGUUGAACCUUCAAGAAAUUGGAUAUGAAUAUUGGUAUCGAAGUAAUGAAGCUGGUGAUACACUUACUGAUUUGAUGUUUGCCGCUCCUAUUUCACUGAAACUUUUGCGGUUAUUUUCUCACGUUAUGUUGAUGGACUGCACUUACAAAACCAAUACGUAUGAGAUGCCACUUCUGGAAAUAGUUGGGAUUACCCCUGUUGGUUACAAUUUUACAAUUGAUGUUGCUUUUCAUGUCCCAUGA